UCACUUUAUUCUAUUUUUUGAACUCAUCGAGUCAACAUCGAUUUCGCCAAAAAAAAAUCCGAUUUUAUCCUGAGAGUGUGUUAUUAUACGGUCUUACAGUUUUUCUUGUAUUAUAUUAUAUUAGUGACAUUAUUCAGUUUUUUUGGUGGUGUUCAUAUCAUUCAUGCCCGUUUCGUUUUGUAUGCAGUGGCAGCAUCAUCGGCAGCAAAAAACCAACAAAUCAAAAUAAUAAUAUAUAUAUAUAUAAAAAUUCGCACAUAUCAAAUCCAUUUAAUAUUUUUGUUCGAUUUAUAAACGUGUGUCUUUUUACUCUACCUCGUGUUGGUUGUGGAACGAAAAGAAUCCGAAUUGAGUUAGACGUCCGCGUGCGCGUUUUUUUUUAUAUAUGAUUUUAUUUUAUUUCCCUUCAAUCGACACACACACACAAACACAUACAUACAUAUCAUCUCACACGAUUUACCGUAUUUUCGUGCAUUUUCAUAUUGUAUCGUGAAUGUGUUAUUGACUGGCUGAAUGUUGUGUAUGAAAAAGCAAAAAAAAUAUAAAUAAAUAAAGAAUAUAUUUGGGACAAUUGAUCAAAUUCGAAUUGCGACAACGACUCCAGCAACGACGAAAAUUACCGCGCAUUCCAUCAUUUAAGUAGCGGAUGAUUUGAAUUUUUUUUUUUCACUUUUCAAUUUUAUUGUAUGUGUUUCGCGCGCUCGCUGUUUUUAUUCAUUGCAUAUAUAGUACGUGGCGACGAGUUUGAAAAAGAGAACGAAAGUGUUUUUCAAAUAUUUUGUGUGUAAGGCCUCUCAACAGGCCCCCUCACUUCACGCGUGUAGUAAAAAACAUACAAUAUAUCUGAGCGCGUAUUUUUCAUUUGUCGUUUUUGGCCAUUAAACAUUGAACAUGCUACCGUACGCUGACAACUCGUAUCAACCGGAACGCAUUUCCAUUUGCGAUGAAAAAUCGCUAGCAAUGUGGGACUAUUACAACGGAAUUGUAAAUAAAUACGAUUUAUUCGGCAACCUGAACAACCACAACAGUAGUAGCACCAGUCCCACGAUUAAUAUUAACAAUGCCAACAAUGCCGUUUCUGUAGCCGCCAUCAACAACAAUAACAAUAACAAUGUUUUGAAUAACAAUAACUUGAAUGGUUCACCGGAAGGGCUGUGCACGAAUCGCUGCGAACAACCGGAUCCAGACUUUAUAAAAAUGUUUGUUGGCCAGGUGCCGAAAUCAAUGGACGAGGAUCAAUUACGUGAAAUGUUCGAGGAAUUUGGUCGUGUGCAUUCGAUAAACGUGCUACGUGACAAAGUAACUGGUGUCAGUAAAGGGUGUUGUUUUGUGACGUUCUUUACUCGAAAGGCAGCUCUAAAUGCACAAGAUGCACUGCACAAUGUUAAAACACUGGCCGGGAUGCAUCAUCCAAUUCAAAUGAAGCCAGCCGAUAGCGAAAACAGAAAUGAGCGUAAACUGUUCGUUGGUAUGCUGAAUAAAAAAUUGAACGAGGCCGAUGUUCGCAAAUUGUUCGAGAAACAUGGCCCGAUUGAAGAAUGCACGGUCUUACGUGAUCAAAAUGCACAAAGCAAAGGAUGUGCAUUCGUAACGUUCUCAUCGAAGCAGGCAGCUAUUGGCGCGAUUAAGGGUUUACAUCAGUCGCAUACAAUGGAUGGUUGUUCGGCACCGAUCGUUGUCAAAUUUGCCGAUACACAAAAAGAAAAAGAACAAAAAAAGAUGCAGCAAAUGCAAGCAAAUUUAUGGAAUUUGGCUGCAGCCAAUAUGAAUAUUGGUACGACAACAGCACCAUCCACACCAUCAAUACUACCGAAUCCGCCACAACAAUCCAGUCCAAUUUUAGCUGCAACCGAAUCAAUAACACCGGCAUCAUUGCAUCUACUACAACAAUUGCAGGCAGUUGGUUUGCAACAACAAAUUCUACAAGGUUUAAAUACACAAUCGGCUGAAUCAACCGCAGCAGCUGCAGCCGCUGGACUCUUACCACCGAUGAACAUACAAAGUUUAGCAGCUUUAGCAGCAAUGACUCAACCAUCAAUUCCGGCCGCUACCACCGCACAACCCAGUGCACCACUCACAAAUGCAGCAACGCUAUUAUGUCUGCUAGGAAAAACGGCGAACACAGGGACCGAUCCAAAUUUGGCAGCCGCAUACGUAUCAGCCGGUCUGCCACAAUUUGCAACAUCAGCAUUGUCAACGUCUGCACUCGGUAAUGUUUCUCUACAAUCUACCGCUGGCAAUGCACUCGUUGGCAAACAAAUAGAAGAUGCUGCAAAUCUUUUUAUUUAUCAUUUGCCACAAGAGUUCACCGAUACGGAUUUGGCAUCGACAUUUUUGCCAUUUGGCACAGUGAUUUCGGCCAAAGUGUUCAUCGACAAACAAACGAAUUUGUCCAAAUGUUUUGGUUUUGUUUCAUAUGAUAAUCACGAAUCGGCACAGGCUGCUAUCAAAGCAAUGCAUGGUUUUCAAAUUGGAACGAAACGACUGAAAGUGCAAUUGAAAAAACCAAAAGAUGCCUCGAAGCCUUACUAAAUGAUGCGAAUUAUACGGUGAUGCUGAACAACGGAAAUUAAGAGCAGCGAAAGAUAGAGAGAGGAAGAGAGAAAGGAAGGAGGAAGAAAUCAACAACAUUAAUUUUUUUUUUUUCAAAA